AUGGGAAAAGCGACGUUGCAAGACCCUCACGGGGUAAUCUGGUACUUUGCCUACGGCUCCAACGUACGCCUGUCUGUGCUGGAGAAUCGUGGCAUCAAGGCGCUGGAUAUCAAGGCGGUCGUUGUCCCCUCGCACUACCUGACGUUCGACAUCUUCGGCACCCCUUAUGUUGAGCCUUCGUAUGCCAGCGUCGCCCCUUUUGCACCGGACAAGCAAACGACGCUACGACUGGGCGAUUCACCCGCUCGUCGCGACAUCCCUGCUGUCCAGGGUCUCGCGUAUCUUUUGAAGCCCAAGGACUACCGGCAGCUGGUCAUCAGCGAAGGUGGCGGAGUGGCCUACGAUGAGGUCGAGGUACAUGCCUCUGUCCUAGACGAUGACGGCAAACCGGACCCAAGCAGUGUCUUGAUCGCUCGAACCUUGCAAGCAAAGUAUCCCUGGCGACCCAACGGUGCACCCAGUGCGCGCUACCUGGGCCUCAUCUCCACGGGAUGCAAACAGAAUAAGCAGCUCACGGCGUACAGCGCCUAUAUUGAUUCCUUACCCUCGUACGAUCCGCCGACCUCCUACCACACGCGGGUGGGAGCUCUUCUUUUUCUGCUGUUUUGGCGCCCGCCGCUUCGUCUGUUGGUUCGACUCAUCAAGGUGCGCACCGACAGCGACGGACAUUGUCCGCAGUGGCUCGGUUGGAUUAUUCUGACCUUGUAUGGGCUGAUGUGGUCAUAUCACGACAACAUCCACGCGAGGAUCUGGGGGCGAGGCGAUGGCCGGAAAUUACAUUUUGAAGAGACUACACGUGGAGGGGCUGGUAAAGUUGAUUAA